UGUUCAGUGCCUGUUUUUCUGCUGCACGUUUGGUGACAGUUAGGUAGCUAUGUUAAAUGUAUUGGCAUGUUUAAUACUUUAUAUUUAAUGUUUGCCAAGAUUAGGUCAACAUUGAAUAUCCUGGCGACAAAGCGGAAGUAUCUUCUUAUAACUUAGCUAGACUGUUUCCUAGCUAAGGUUGAUAAUAGAUCUUUGAAACAUGGCAGCGGAUGAUGCCCCUUGUUUAGAGUUCAUGAACUGGGAACUUGAAACUUCGACAUGUAAUGGACUGAAACAGGAGAAACAACUUUCUGCCUCACAAAGAAGGUGCUACAGCCUCUGCAGGAGGAAGUCAUUUGCUGCCUUUGUGGCGUCCAAGAGGGAGGGCGGUCAGGAAGGAGAAAGCACAUCUUGGUGCUGCUGUGGCCAGACUUUUGAAGAACACUCUGCCAUUCACAAACAUGUGGCCUGGACUCAUGGUACUGAAAUACAGCAGCUCACACAUGCCGCAUAUGAGCAUUUGUUAAGCCAGUUGGAAGAAGAACCUGAAACACAGCAGACGGAUGAGCGUGAGGCCGAGCCGGUGGACAUUUCUGCAUGGAUACCUAAAAUUAGUCACAUCUCUGAGGAGCAACUUCAAAAUGGACCAGGCAAGGUUCUCCUCUAUUAUCGCUACUGUCAAGUGGAGGAUCCACAUGUCAUCUGUGCUUGGCAGAAAGCUUUGUGUGAGAAGCUCCACUUAACUGGCAAGGUGAGGGUGGCGACUGAAGGCAUCAAUGGAACAGUUGGCGGCACCAAUAUGGCCACUGAUGUUUACAUCGACGCAAUGUGUUCACACCCUCUCUUCGAGAUGGACAAGGAGGACUUUAAGACAAGUGAUGGCAGCGCAGGGUGUUUUAAAGACCUGAGGGUCGGGGUCUAUAAGGAAAUCGUCCCAAUGGGAAUGGACCCUGAUGUUGUUUCCUACCAACUGGCAGGGGUUCAUUUAGAACCAGAGGAGUUUCAUAAAGAAGUACAGGCUCUGUUGGCUAAAGGGGACUUAUGCAAUGACACCGUCCUCCUGGACUGCCGCAAUUUUUAUGAGAGUAAAAUUGGGCAGUUUACUCAGUGUCUGGCCCCGAGCAUCCGUAAGUUCAGCUACUUCCCCGACUACGUCGACCAAAACCUUGAACUGUUCAGAGACAAGAAGGUCUUGAUGUACUGCACAGGAGGGAUCCGCUGUGAGCGCGGCUCUGCCUACCUCCGCUCCAAAGAUGUGUGUAAAGAGGUUUACCAGCUGAAGGGGGGAAUCCACAAGUAUCUGGAGCGAUUCCCAGAGGGUUUCUAUCGAGGGAAACUUUUUGUGUUUGAUGAACGCUACGCCAUCUCCUCCAACAAUGACAUCAUCUCAGACUGCAGGUACUGCGGCUGUCCCUGGGACCAGUACAAACUCUGUUCCACCAAGCUGUGCCGUCAGCUGGUUCUGUCCUGUCCCGGCUGCAGAAAGGACGCAUGCACCGCCUGCUGCCCCACCUGCCAAACCAAAGGACAAGCUCAGAGCGAGGCGUCCCCCACUGUUCCACAUCACAAAGAGGAAUGCGAGUGCACUGAAGGACGUCCCAGAAUCCCUCGGGAUGUGUAGCGACAGAGUGCUAACGAUUGGACAUUAGUGCUUGCAGCCACGUGAAAAAUCCUGCCUGUCAGGGGUCGACCACAAUGUACAACUAGAAUUAGUGGAAGGUGCCCACUGUAUUUUAAAGUCAUGAUUUUUUUUUAAAUAUGAAUGUGGGAUAUUAAGUCAGAUUUACUGUUUCUAAGAAGUUUUAUUCUAAAGACAUCCAUGAAUUUGAUAUAAGAUUUUUAUUACAUGAACAUUUUAUUCAUGAAACUGGGAUAGCUCAUCACUCUGUUUCAGGAGAUAAUAACUGUGUGUGAGUGUGUGUGUGUCUGAAAUUGCAUGGUUUCUUAUUCAAUUUAAAAUUGAAGUAAUUUAAAGUUAUGCUGCAAAAAAAGCAUAGAUAUAAAAAUACCAAAAACACAGAAUUUAUAGUAGUUAUCUUGUGCUCUCUAAACCAUGUAAUCUCUGGUUAAAGCAUGUUACUGAGACCGCAGGUUUCGCUUAAACACAUCUGUGUGCCUUACUCGGGAUGACACAUUUUUGAAAGAAUUCACCUCAACGUAUUUGAGUAUAACACGUGUCAAUAUGAAACCAUGCAUAAAGCAGGCCACGUGUAAUGAUAAGUGUAUUGGUAAGUCUUGAUUUCAGCAGGUCUCCCCAUGACGGAUUUUAGCAUAAUUUUUUAUAUAAAGUAUUACAGUUUUUCUGUUAUUAAUAUAGAAUACUUGGUGUAGUACAAUGAUGUUUCAUCUGAAACUAGACAUAUUGAUUUAUAAAGGGGGAAAUUACCAUAUAACAGAGUAAGCAUAGGAAACAGGUAAUGGAGGUAAGAAAGCUAUAAAAAAACGGUUUACAGUGAAAUAAAACAAAAGAAAGGAAAUUCAAAAGCUGCAUACAAUCUAUACUUUACAAUACCUUAGGCCUUCUACACUAUUUGUGCAAUUAUCUUUGCAAAUACUGUACGUAUGUGCAGAAAUAAAGAGUCAAGGUAA